AUGGAGGUAGAGCACCAGAUUGCAAAAUUAUUAGUCCAAUUAUCUAAGUCGCAAGACGAUGAAAUUGGGGAUGGCACAACCGGUGUAGUCGUUCUUGCUGGUUCCCUUCUUGAACAAUGCGAAAAUCUUUUAGACCGCGGAAUCCAUCCAAUUAGAAUCUCGGAUGGAUUUGAGAGAGCGUGCAAAGUUGCCGUGGAUCAUCUGAAUGAAAUCUCUGAUGUGGUUGAAUUUACGAAAGACAAUACCGAUAAUCUCUUCAAAACCGCUAUGACAUGUUUAGGAAGUAAAAUCGUCUCGAAACAUCAUGAACAAUUCGCCAAAAUAGCUGUAGACGCUGUUUUAUCAGUAGCGGACUUUGAUCGCAAAGAUGUCAAUAUUGAUGAGCUUAUCAAGGUUGACGGUAAAGUUGGUGGCUCUCUCGCAGAUACAUCCCUUGUACAAGGAGUUGUGGUGGACAAAGACAUGUCGCAUCCGCAAAUGCCGCGUGAAGUUCGUGACGCCAAAAUUGCUAUAUUGACAUGUCCAUUCGAACCACCAAAGCCAAAGACGAAGCAUAAGUUAGACAUUACAUCUGUAGAAGAAUAUAAAAAAUUACAGGUUUAUGAGAGAGAAAAAUUUGAAGAGAUGAUCAAGCGCGUUAAGGAUACUGGUGCUAAUUUGGUCAUUUGUCAAUGGGGAUUUGAUGAUGAAGCCAAUCAUUUACUGAUGCAGAAUAAACUACCAGCUGUUCGAUGGGUUGGUGGUCAAGAGAUUGAGUUGAUCGCUAUUGCUACGAAUGGUCGUAUUGUACCACGUUUUGAGGAUCUUCGUCCAGAAAAGCUUGGUACCGCAGGAGUUGUGCGUGAGGUUUCUUUUGGCACCACAAAGGAUCGCAUGUUAAUUAUUGAAGAAUGUUCAAAUACCCGAGCUGUCACCAUAUUUGUUCGUGGCAGUAAUAAAAUGAUUAUUGAUGAGGCAAAACGCGCUAUUCAUGAUGCACUUUGUGUAGUACGUAAUAUUGUCCGUGAUAAUCGAGUCGUGUAUGGAGGUGGUGCCGCUGAAAUUAGUUGUUCACUGGCUGUGUCUAAAGCCGCUGAUCAGAUAUCAUCCAUCGAGCAACACGCUGUCCGUGCAUUUUCUUAUGCUUUGGAUGCAAUCCCAUUAGCGCUGGCUGAAAAUUCCGGGCUUUCUCCCAUAGAAACAUUGGCCGAUAUUAAAUCGCGGCAGGUUACCGAAAAUAAUAGCAGACUUGAUAUGAAGGAGAAAUUCGUGUACGAUCCGCUCAUAUCCAAAAGACAGCAAUUUUUGCUCGCCACACAACUUGUUAAAAUGAUUCUUAAGAUAGAUGAUGUUAUUACUUCAGGAACGGUAGAAUGA